UACAGUAUCCUGUGGAGAAGUACAACGGUAGCGCCGAUAUCAGACCGAUGUCGCUGAAGAGACAAUACCUUUGUGAGCUGUACUCUUCCCCGCAUGCCCCCAAUGGAGUAGUCGGAGGGUAGCCCCCGAGCAUAAGGACUGCGGGAGGCUCAUCAAGCCUGCUUCCACCCGGCGCAAUGCACGCGCGCAACGGCACGUUAGUGCGUCGAUGGCGUUGUUGCAUAAAAGCAAUGCAAACCUGGGUCGCGUUAUGGUGGGACGCAUCAUGCACAUCUUACGCGCCAAGCAUGAGGGUCUGGGUUUUGCCAAGACAUCGGGGGGAGAUGGCCGGAAUUUCGUGGGUUAAGCCUCAGCUGGUUGAUCUGUCAUCACAGGAGAUCGCAGUAAGAUCGGUGAUGAGAUGUUCCGCAGCUUACGCAGCCGAGAACAAUCCCCAGCGUGAGAGUCGAAGUACUUCACAAUGUGUUUUUCCUUUAUGUCCAAGUGUGAUGGUUGCUGACAGCCAUGACUGCUGGAGGCAUGCGGCCAGACCCAAGCGAACGACACCUGAAGUCUUAGCUUGUAACAGGUCAGGAAGGGGCGCGGACCAGAGUGCACACGUGCACAGCGAUGGGAAUUGGAAGUGCACAGAUUGAAGACCAAUCAAUGGCGGUUGAAAGCCGCGGGAAUACGCCGAGUCACGCAAUCGAUCGAAACUUUCCAGCGUGUCGGGCUAAGCUCGAUGGCUAUUCGUGAACCUGCGUUGCAGACUGGCCGGGCCACAGGAGGAUGAUACGAGACCUAAUGACGGAGGGCACUGCUCUCCUCCGGGCUGCGUGCAGG